AUGGGGCUGCUGUCGAACCGGGUGGAGCGGUCGGAGAUCAGGCCCGGCGACCACAUCUACACCUGGCGGGCCGUCUACGCCUACUCCCACCACGGUAUUUAUGUUGGAGGAAGCAAAGUAGUCCAUUUUACACGAAAGAAAGAAACUGAAAGUUCAGAUUCAUCAGACUCCACCUCCAGCCUGAUCUCAGAGGUUCCAUCGGAGUGCCCAACAUUCCCUGAUUGUGGAUUUCAGCUGCCCAACAGUGGUGUUGUCCUCACUUGCUUGGACUGUUUCCUUCGCAAUGGCUCUCCCUAUUGCUUCGAGUAUGGAGUGCCAUCUGCGGUUUUCCUUGCAAAGCUUCGUGGGGGGACCUGCACCAUUGCCGAAUCAGACCCACCAGAGGUUGUUGUCCAUCGAGCGAUGUACUUGCUUCAAAAUGGUUUUGGAAAUUACGACAUGUUCGAGAAGAACUGCGAAGACUUUGCACUCUACUGCAAGACUGGGCUUCUACCAGUUGAGGAACCUGGCAUUGGGACUAGUGGGCAAGCUUCUUCUGCCAUUGGUGUGCCGUUGGCAGCUCUUCUGUCCACUCCGUUUAAGCUUCUGGCUGCUGGUCCGCUUGGAAUGGCCACUGUCACAGCUGGGAUGUACUGUGCUGGCAGAUACAUUACUGACAUAGGAGUAAGGAAGGACGUAGCAAAAGUUGAAGUGGAGAAAUUGUCGUUGCACCCUGGUUUCCACCUUAUUGAAGACGAAGAAUCAGUUAACAAGCCAUCAGAAAAACCGAAGACCUUGCUCCCUAUGAAGAGGAAACGAGAAAGGUGA